UGAUAGUGCAGGCAGUGGGUGUUGCAAGAGGAGGCGAGAAGGAGAGCUUUACACAGAGAGAGAGAGGGAGAGGGACAGGCAGUGUGAGAGUCAGUAUUACACAGAACAAAGGCAUUGAGCAAUAGAACAGGCAAUGCAUACACUCAGAUAGUGUGCUUGAGCAUUUAUUUCCCUGCUUGUGUGUGUGUGUGUGAGAGAGAGAGAGCUCCGUGUGUUUCCACGGUUGUCCUGAGGCCGUGGCAGCCAUGGCGUCAGAGGCAAACACCCAGUCCAGGGUGAUGUUCCAGCCCACGGACAAAGCUACGGAGCCAGGACACCGCAAGCUGGGCAAGCUGACAGUCAAGUACGACCGCAAGGAUCUGCAGAGGAGGUUGGAUAUCGAGGAGUGGAUAGAUGAGCAGCUGCACCUGCUCUUUGACUGUGAGGAAGAAGACAUCCCGGAGUUGGAGAUUGACAUCGAUGAGCUCCUGGAACUGUCAGAUGAGGGGCAAAGACUUCGACUCCAGGAGUUGUUGCAGGAAUGCGGGAAGCCGAUAGAGGAUUUUGUCAACGGGCUGCUCUAUAGGAUAAAGGGACUGCGUAAAAUGUCAGGCCCCUUGAAGAAGUAGUUACAGGUCAAAUAAGAAGAAGAAAAAAAUGAGACAAUAUGUUGUCAAUAGUUCCAGUACCUUAUGUGUUUACCAUAAGGCACCUGUGCGUGCGGUUCACAUGUUUUGGGAGUCUCCCUUCCCUCUUCCCGGGUCAGCAUCAAUCAAUGGAACACUAAGGCAGUCAAUCACGUUCAAUAAUUUUCUUUAAUUAGGAUUUGUGGACGACUAUAAUGAUAUAUACAUAUACGUGAUAUGUACCAUGUCGCCCCUAAAUAUAAUAAUCCACAUAUGAUAAAAGGUGUAGUAUUACUCAACCAUUUUUCUUUGUGGAAUACUGUAUAUUUUUGCUUGCUUGUUCAUGUAAAUAAAUAUUUUUGUUUGUUUUAAGAGUGCUGUAUGACAAUAAAAUAAGGCAUUUUCAAUACUGAGAGUCAAUUUUAAUUCAGUGAACUCACAACUUCUGAUUCCACAUACGCAGUAUAUUACAUUAUUCCCGUGCCGAUAAAUCUCCCCCGCCGUCACACGUGCCCGUCUCAAAGGAAUUGAUUGCCUUUAUAUAACAAUUACAGACUGCACUCUAAAAUGGGAGUGAGGAUAACAUUUUUUCUGACAUUUAUUUUUCAGCGGGGCAGCGGGGGAACCCAGGGCGAUGUUGACAUGGCAAGUUUAGAAGUAAACACCGCCAAAAUCGUCAGCAGGAAGAACCAUUAAGAAUACACCCAUUAUCCUCUCCCAUUUCCUGUCUGUGGUCUGUGUACAACAUGGCCAGAAAAGGCAAACACAUUAACGACCUCCAUACAAACCUUAAUGGAGCCCCCAGAGGAGAGUGUGAUGAUGGUUCCUCCCCAGUUGGCUAGACAGUGAUGAAUCCUGAUGAGACGGCACUCUGCUGGUCUCCCUGUCACACAUAAGGGUCUUUUGGCUCCAUCAGGGUCCAUUACAGUAAUUUGCUUGGAUCUCCCCCAUUUCCACUCUAGAGGCCAUCUACGGUACAUACUCCUCACUUGUGGCUACGUCUGCCAGACUGACACAGUUCUUCAAAGUGUUACUUGACUGUAAAAGGUUGAAAAUAUAACAAAAAUAGAUCUAGCAACCCUCCAGCAGCCACUGCAAUGAAAUUCUACACAAGGAGAAGAGAGGCAAUGCUGUGAUGUUAGACACACAUCCAAACACAGAUUACGAGUGUGGCUGAGGUGCCUGCCAACACAAAACAAAACCCUCACUAAUCCUUUUAUACAGACGCUGUGGAGCUUCUUCAGUCCGGUGCUGACAGUCUGAGGUUGUAAAUCAUCCCAAAUGAGCUCAUGAGUAGUGAUGUCCUUUUGUAUGCAUUGUCAACAUUUAAAGACACUGUGCUCGAAUUUUAAAGGGUGGCCUUUGUUGCAUCGAAGAAGUCGGCCAAGAGACACAAAAUGCUUUUUUAUUCUUGGAAAUGUGCAGCUUUUGCUCGUGUUCUAUUUGCUUAUGUAUUCAAGAACAUUGUAUUGAUCUUUCAGUUAUCAUAUACGUAAAUCAAGUCAUAUUUGCAGAUACAGUGGAAGGUCUGAGGCUGAAUGCCCCAGGGGUCAUAUAAUUAUGAAUAUGUAAAAAAUAUGCCUAAAUUAUUCUAAGAAGUUUUUUUUAACAGAAACAGACUGUGUGACUCAUGUGUGACAUUAAAGGUUCCACUGAAAUAGCUUUUCCAUGUCAAGACUUUAUUCAGAUACAUUUACUUUGACAUAUUUUACAUUUUAGAUGACUGUAUAACUACUAUUGAAUUUGUUUUAGAGCUUGUGAGGCAUUCUUAUCAACAUGAAUUCAUGGGAAAGCACAAGCUCACCGGAAUUGGUAAGGCCAUCAGUGUCACUAUCAGGACUUCCUUUUCAUCUUUGGCGCAGUGUAAUUGGAGGUGCGAUGUUCUUUCCUGUCAUACUUAUCAUGUCCUUCCCUGUAGAGAUAAGAGGUUGUGGAUUGAUAAUUCAUAACACUAAAUAUUUUAGACGCAUGCUGCUUGGCAGCUUGCCUGUAAUAUAUUUGGGUCAUUGCCUGCAUUCCAAAUCACAUGCAUCUUGAUUUGGCACUACAAGAGGGAAACCAUGACAGUGUCCUAAAUCGGAAGGAAAACAUGCCGUGCUACCUGAAGCAGCGGUUGCAGUAUAAGUCUCCAUCGCAGGUGUGACAACGUAGAGUGGCGUCGUGAUUACAGAUGCAACACCACGGAAGUUCAUCAUCGUCGCUGUCAGAGGGCUGAUGCACCGUUUUUACAGCUGCCGGGGCUUGAGUCUGUCACAAUAUGGAAAAAACUAUUACUUAUAACCUUUUCUCAUCUGUAGUACAGUAGUACAGUGGAAGCUCGGUUUUGGUUCAUCCGUUCCCAACCGUCAGACAAAAACCGAAUCAGUUUUUUCCCCAUAAGAAAUCAUGUAAAUCCAAUGAAUCCAUUCCAGAUACCCACAAAUAUUAACAUAAAACAUAUUCUAUAGAGAAUAAUGAUAGUUUUAGAUGCAUAAAUUAAAUGGACAAAUGAACAAUAUCACUUUUACCUUUAUUAAAGGCUUGUUGGUGAACACGAUGAUGAGUGGAGGGAGGAGGGGAGGUAAAGAAGAGCCACACGAACAGUUUCACUGUAGUCCAUUAUAAACUUCAUUUUACAAAGUGGAUGGUUAGUGCAGUAUGCUUGCUCGCUUUAACUUUAUUGUAAGCUUCAGCAGCAGGUACAAUCAUCAGUGCACACACCGGCCCAGCUCACUAUCUGUAAUGUGUCUCCGUCAAACCAUUCCCCCUACAGCCUGUGUUAACCUGGAACAUUUACAUUACAAUCCUUUUGUAAACUAUUUUUUCUUGUUCUUUCUUAAAUUCAAUAGUGUUUCUCACCUUCUCUAUGAAGGUUCUGGCAUUUGCAACUUUUUUUGCAGCCAGAUUUCUUUUUUUUUUUUAAAAGCACAAAUUCCUCUAACAUUCAGAAAUACGUAGUGCUCUUGAACACCUCAGGCAGUACCCGUGACGGGGGGCAAGCAGAAGCUACGGCCAUAUACACACUCAGUAUGUGUGUGUAGAUUAAAGUGAAUAACAGCUGUUGAAAUGAUUUGCUCCAAUUGCGUGAGUGUACAUGGUGUGAUACCUGAAGACAUAAAAUAUUUCAAAACAAGACCGUCGAAAAGCAGUGAAAGCUUAUCUUAGCGUCAGACGUAAAGAAAAUACUGCUUGUAACAUGUCAACUUACAUUCUUACACCCAAUCAGUGUUCAUGAAUAUAUUCUUGUAUACAGUAGUACCUCGCAUAACAUAAACCUCCUUUUACGUAAAUUGCACUGAACGUAAAGAAUUUUUGUAACGUAUUUGCAUCAAAAUUCCAUAUAACGUAAAGCGUCAAGCCGGUGCAAGUUUUUUUUUUCAAUCAACUUUAUUUGUGCCUCAAGUCGGUGCAAGUUCAGACUAACACUUGGUGACGCCUUGUGACGCUUCACGCUCUCAUUGGCUGAUUUUCGGGGCACCGCCUCCGCUCUCAUCACAUUGGUUGAUUAUCGUGGCACCGCCUACGCUCUCAUCUCAUUGGCUGACUUAUACAGCACGUUUGUGUGAGAGACAGACAUCUCCCUUCAACUUCCUUCCUCUUCGUAGUCGCCCUUAAACUAACUUAAACAAUUAAGUUAAGUUACAAAUUAAAAUUUUGCACACAGCAAUAUUGUGUAUCAUUAUCGUAGUGCGUGUGCAUUUGUCUGUGAGACCAGAUGACUCUUAGACUCUUUGAGUCGCGUUUCGACUCAGGCUAGUCCUCCUCCUCCUUCCUGCCUCCACCUGCGCUCUUGAUCAAGACAUCUUGUGAACGGGUUGACAACAACCGGAUGUGACGUCACGUGAAACCCAGCAACUAGGAGGAAGAAAGACAGAUACGAGUUGUUCAUCGUCCUGUGUGCGUCAUGUGAACAAAUAAACAACACACACACACAUAAUAAAGAUAAUUAAAGGAUUCCCUGG